ACACAUCAGUCCCGCCACACCACCUGCAUCCCUCUCGACGAUAAAGUCGACUUUGUGAAAUCUUUUUCCUUUGUAUAUUUCGUGGAUUUUUAAUUAGUUAAGAGAAAACAUUUCGUGAAUAAUGUCUUUCCAGAAUACAAAAUAACUACAUUUAUUUUCUGCUUUUUCAAGAAGCAUUGUGUAAACAUUUUUAAAAAGGUUAAAACUUAGUUAUAAAUUUAAAAAAUUAUAUCUGUUAUUUAAAUUAUAAUCACCGAGUGAAAUAUUAUUUGUUGGUACAUUGUCAUCUAGUAUCAUUCUUAUUAGUUGGUUUUAUUGUAAAAAUUUUUGUUCAAUUCCAUUAAAGUGCAUGUCAGAAAAUAAUAUUCUUUAUUGAAAAUAUUACAAUGCCGAAGCUAUUUUCCGAGUGCAACGGCAAACAUGCAUGCAAAUAUUAUUACCUCUCAUAUCGCGGAGGGAGAUUUUAAAUUCGUUUCUAUGAGCCCAACAUGACAACAGUCGGAGAAAUGAGAUUAAAAAUUCUCCAAUGCAAUUUUCGAAACUUGCCUCCAUUGAUAUGUGCAAUCUAUUUCUCCGCCGACGUGACAGUUAUACGCAUUGCGCUUUUCUGCAUGCGAUUACGCGGCGAAUUUUCCGACGCGCGCUCCUUCAGCCGUCACUUAUCUCAACGGAGCAACGGUUUGCUUUAUGGGCGAGUCGGAAUCCGGGUCAAGCGGAUUUCGCGAGUUUCGGUCGGGGAAAAUGUGGUUAACGUUCCUCGCGAUUUUUCGGUCCGCAAGACGUGGUGUCGCGAAAGCGUGAAAUCUACGCGCGUGUGUUCUAAGACGACCGGCAAAUCUUUCGGGUAGGCCGCUCUUCCCUCGGCGAAGUUGCACGCAUUUGCCUUAACUAUUCGAGAGAAUUUUGGGUUAUUCCGCACGCCCAUACAUCACGACGUGCAGCUCUGACGUCUCGCGCAAUUAUGUCGGAGGAGCGAAAGCCGUGGACGUGAAUGGCGUAAAGUCCGUCCUUCUCGCUAUACAACAUUCGCCACAAUUGCAAACUCGCGACGACGACAAUUCGCUCCAACACGACAACCGUGUGUGCAAGUAACUUUUAAGCUGUGAGACAUAGUUUAAGAUUUUUUUAAACAUUCUCUUUUAAAACAAAUUUCAUUGACAGUGAGAAAUGUUUUCUUUUUCCUUUAAAUGAGAAAUAAACUAUGUUUCAAAUUAAUUGUUGAAAAUUUUGGCAGAAAUUGCUUUUGUAUUAUAUUAAUAACACACACGUGUUUAACAAGGUGAAUUAAUCAAAUUAAUUGAUCGAAUUAAUUGGGAAAUGUAUCUACGUAAGGAAGAAGUGCAAGCAAGGGAUAAAAUAUUCUUCAAAGCGUUAAAAUGUUUUGGUCGUUGCCGAGGAGGUGAGCGGUUUUGCAACGUUUCUGCGCUUUUACCGGCUUACGCGAUUUUUCAACGCAAAUAAGCGUUAAAUAUAUGCUCGGGACGUGAGGGAUAAGCUCGCGCACGACUUUAGAAACUCGAGGCAAUUGCGUAUUAGCUUCAUAAAAAAUUCCGACUUCCGUGCUUUCAUAUGUAUUACGUGCGAACGGCGAGCUUCACAUUGUUAAUUUAAAGAGAAUCGUCGAGUGUGCAUUUCAACCGAGUGUUAUUAUUGUUCUCCACGAUAUGAUCGCGCCCGGGAUCGUCGUUUUAUAACGAUGAUGCUAAAACUACAGCUUUUCGUUCGAACGAGUAAUUUAAGUCAAUUGCUCUUAACGUGCUUUGUCGAAAAACGAUUGGUUGCACGAUCCAACGAUUAAUUGUUCUCUAUCUAUUGCAAAUUCGAUAUUAUAUACAAUUUGGCUCGUACGACAAAAUACUAUGUAACAGCGUUAUGUUACAUUAUGCAGAAGGAUACAGCAUAGCAUGCGUUUCUCAUAUUUUUGUGAAAACGUUGCACCGCGUAUGAUAUAUUACUCUAUUAUACGUUUUCGCUGCAUAGCUUGAAUUUUAAACGGCUGUAAUGACGAUCAAUACGGCGCGACAUAAAGAGGGGAAUUUAUUACACUGUACCUUUAAAGAGAGCUGUAUACCGUAUCUAUAUUUUAAGCGAUAAAUUUUUUAUUCUCGUAAACUUUAGGUUUAUGUAACUUUACAUUAAUACAUAUUGAAAAUAGAAAAGAAUAAUAAGAAAAAGUGACUUAAUUGUAAGUCGUAUUACAAAUGAUACUCUUGAUUAUUUCACGCGUAAAAAGUGUCGAUUUUUAACUCCGUUUAAAUUAAUGUUCUGUCCGUCAAAUUAUUGCGCUGGCAUAUAACACUUCCACAUGAUAUCUCUUAAUUCAAAAUGCCUUUAACAGGAGAACGGUAUGCAUUCCGCGUCGAAAUUCCCGUCUCUCUCGUAAAGAAAGGGAGCCAUUUUUUGAUCUCCUCGACGACGUCGGCGUUUUCCGCAAAUUCGCUGUUCGCGAACGACAUUUUUCAGAGCAUCGAAAAAAGGGCCGACAUAGCCUUAAAGAAUGCCAUCCGGCCAAAAAUUUACGGGCGCCGCCGAAACUGUAGAAGAGCCGCGAAAAUGGCUUCGAGAGAAGCAGGAAAAGAUUUUUAUCGUCAGCAGAUUUAUGUUCUUGUUGUUCGAACAUUAUUUUAUGAUAUCGUAUUUUUAAAGAUAUUUACGUUGAUCUAAAAUGAACGUAUCACGAUGCGUAUUAUAUUUAUAUUUUACGACUAAUAGAAAAAUAUAAAUAAAAUAAUAUAAAUUAAGUAAAAACUCUAUAUAUGUAGAUAUAAAAAUUGAAAAAUUGAAAAAUUAAGAUUAAUGUUUGCAAUAAGAUACGUGAUAAGAUAUUAGAAUUUAUUGUUUUCCUAUCGAUGAUGCAAUACGGCGAAUGGAUAAUGCAAUCUAUUCCUUCAAAAUUGCAUUGCUUAGAAAGAAGCACUUUUUAGAUAAAACAAUUUGAAUAAUAAUUAUUCACAAAGUAGUAACGAUUAUUACAUUUACAUUAGCAAACUAUGCUUGCAUUUGCGAUUAUAUCAUUAAAGUUUAACAAAUGGUGAUUUUAGUUUUCCGAAAAGCACUCUAUUCUCUAAAGCAACCAUCCCAGAGCAACCAUCUCUGCAUAUACAGAGGCAAUCACGUGAUGCAAGUUAUGUGGCAGUCGGAAUACAACAGUGCCAAAAGUGGUCUCUCCAAGCUGACGGACGAGUGCAGUUUGGAAUAUGCAUGAGGCUGUAGUCGGGAUGAUCACGCUUUCCGGGAUCUGAUCUCCUUGCAAUCUCCAUAUGCGUCAUAAAGGGCUUUUAGCAAAAUCGCCAACAAAACUGAUGACAUCUGGUAAUAACGCCAAACAAUGGAUUGUCUUGUAAAAUUUGCGAGAAUGCUAUGUUUAUUUCGAAAUGACUAGUAUUGAUUUCUCGACAAAUGGGGUCACGUAAUAACGACGUGAUACAAAUUUCGUGGAUUAUAGCAUUUGAAAAUGGUUUUUAUUAUAGGGAUCAAUAAAAAAUAAAAGUGGUUAUUUCAACUUUACAACUGUGACACAGUUUUUUUUAAGUACGUAUCUACAAAUAUAAAUAUAAAAAUACGCGAAGAAUUAUUAUAUUAGAAGAAGAUUAAAGUCGAAUUAGCGAUCUACUUUAGAUUGCAACAAACGAUAGUAAGAAAAGAAAAAAAGAUAAAAGUAUUUAUUAUGACCAAAAAAAAGAUAUUACAAAUUUGUAGAAUAUAAAUUAAUUUUACUAAAAUUUUUAUAUUCCAAUGUGGAAAAAUAAAGUUUUAUUCCUAGCAAAUAAAUCUAUUAGUAAAAACAUGAAAUACAUAUUCGUCAUCACAGUCAAAAUUUUUUUUAAUAUAAAAAACCAUUAGUAACGCUUGAAAAUAUUUCGUCUUUUAUUUUUAGUAUAUAAUUAUUAUUAAAUUGUACUUAUACAUUAUUACGUAUGCAACAAAGAUAAUUGAUCAUCCAAGAACUAUUAUUUUGCACAAUAUUUACUCAUUUUUUAACUAAUAUUUUAUAUUACCAUUUUGAUAUAGUUAAUAUACGCGGUAUAUUUACUUUAUACAAUAAUUUCUGUGAUUUGCUGAAUCAUUGUGCUCGAGACGCGAUGUAGUCGAUAUAAAUUGUUGGGGCAAUUUCGAGCGAUUUGGAAACUCUGCAUAGAUAUAUUGAAUCACGCCUUUGUAGUGCGUUAUCAAUAUAUAUCCAAUUCCAUUGCACUGCAGGAAUUAACAGAGAACCGAAUUUGCUGUUGAAUUUCAUAUAGAAAAUUGAAUAUUCCAUGUGCUUGAGCAGCAUUAUCAAUUUUUCGAUGGCAAUUUUGUAGUUAUCCUGAAUAUUUUCCGAUUAUCGAAAAAUCAACUUUUGAUGAAAAAGAAAGAUGUAAACUGAAGCGCUUUUGUUGCGUUUUGAAUUUACCCCAUAAUUUCAAACUAUGCUACAUUUUAAUCGCGCGAAUCUGCAGUUAUUUAGAGUAGAGCACAUGCAGGCAUAGUCGAUAAGGCCUGAGAGGAAAUUAUUCCGAAGUUCUCGAAAUGCUGUCGGACAUACAUAACAACGUGACUGUCGUAAAUCUUACGAAAGAAAUUUGCUUGCUUACGAAAACAACCCCGGGGGUAAAGUAAGCAGCCACGGCGGAGGAGAGCUAAGGUAAUACGUAGCUAAUGCGAAUUCCGCGCGGUAAAGUUUUAUUAAAUUAUAUUCCACUCGGCGAAUUCAAAUUAUCCUCGGAUACUACACCUGCGAGAGCAUGCGUAUAUUUCACCCAAGCCAGAGAGAACGAGAGAGAGAGAGAGAGAGACAUGUUUGUGUGUGCGUACGCCGGGGUAAAUCAUGGAAAGUGGACUACACAGGAUUUUCUUUCUACAUUUUUAUUUUGCGUGCAAUGUCGAGUAUCGCUGGACGUGCAGUAUGGGUAUAUUGUGAUAUACCUCCAUAUAAAAGUGGAUCGAGAAAAAAAGAAUAAAAAUUUGUUACAAGUAAAGCCAUUAACUCCGUAGAGAAGCUUUGUAAAACAAAACUUUUUCAAAUAAUUACAUAGAACGUUUUUACUAUAUCUUGAAUAUUAUAAAUAGCGUUAUUCAAAAUAUCCCUUAAAUCUGUCAUUAAUUAGGCAUUAAUUAGGAAAUAUUGUGAUGUAAAACUUCAGAAAUUCUUGAUUGAUCGAGUCUCAAUAAGUUUUAUCUCUCAUUUUUUUGAUAGUUUCAUUGUAUCACGCGUGAUAAUUGAAUACCUAUUUGUUGUAUAAUUCAAUCUUUAUACAUAUUGCACAUGCAGGGAUAUUUUUGUCGAAGCUUUCACUCCUCUUUUCGUUUUCUUUUCUGUUUUCCUUUUUCUUUUCAGUUCAUUUUUUACUUUUUCCGAGACUUCUCGCGUUCUAUUGCCGAGAUUGGCAUUCUUGUGCAUCUAACACGAAAGAGUGUGUGAGAGAGAGAGAGAAAGAGAGAGAGAGAGAGACCAGCACAAACCAGACCUUUCCAUCAACCCUUUCCUCGACGGUGCGUUGCGAUGGCGAGAAUGCGAGAUUGCGGCCAGCAAGGAUGUGCAUUUCCCCGCUUAAGUUUAAAUUGUGUAUUCGAGGAAACGCUUCGUCCAACUAUUCGAGCAACUUUUAAUACGACCGCCGCUGGCCGCUUGCAAAGUAUGAUAAUCAGUCGGCUUUUCCGCUCGUAGAUGAAAAGAUAGCGGCGAGAGAGGCAGACAAUUCCCCGUCCGAUCUCAACUUUUUUUCAAAACAUGCGCUAAGAGUGCAAGCAUUAUGCUGAUAAACGUGUACUACUGCACUUUUUAUAGAUUGACAAGUAUACAACGCGGUACAUUUAAAAAGAUAACAGAAUUUAUUUCUUUUAAAUUUUGUAUGUAAUCUAUUAGUGGUGUUUUCAAGCUGCACGUCUAUCAGAUGUUUAUAUUUUAUAAGUAUUGAAUACUUAUAGCGUAUAAAUUGCAAUGCUACUAAGUGAUAAUAUUUUAAUGCACUAUAUUACGAAAAUGAAACAAUCAAUUUUGUUCUACAUUUCACAAAAUCCUGAUGCAAACCUAUGAAAUUUGAAACAAGUUUAGAAAAAUAAUCGCGUAUACACAUUUUUUAGUAAUUUACUCGAAUCUUCUAGAUUCAAGUUCACUGUAAUUCGAUUGAAUGCAAAUUCGAGUUAUUCUUUUAAUUUAAAUUGAAAAAAUUCACUGGUCUGUUAUUAAUAAAAAAAAAUUCAGAUUGAAAGGUACAUUUAAAUAAAAUUACGACAAAACGUCGCACGAUUCUAUUUCUCUUUAUUUAUUUGUUUUAAUCGUUUCACUGGGACGCCUUGUGUUCUAGAUUUUGCCAAUUGAGAAAAGCCUCGAACGUCCCGCCAGCGAACUGAACUCGCGUCGUGUGGCACCGGAGUGAAGUUGCCGCCGUCACUUUCGCUCGCCGCUCGGUUCAUUUGCGUCGGGGAACGGUCGCGGGACGGAUCGGCGGUGACGACGGGCGGCGUCGUGGCGUCUAAUUGGCAAGGUAUACGUUCGCGGUAGCGUCGCACUUUGGCGAUCCGGCAGUCGCAUGGCUUUCGAACUCGUCGCACGCGUAUCGGCGAUUCGUCCUGAGCAUACAAUUACAGUGAGACUCGCUCGAUACGCCGCGCCGCGCGAGCGGCGACCGUUACGGCCAUCUUGCUGUGUUCCGCGAAAUUUGCUCGCGUCUCCGUGUGCGUCACGUAACGCGGGAUGUAACGUAGCAUCCGGUAAGCUCGUCCCAGAAGCGUAUCCCAUUCUGGUAUCCCGGCAGAGAUCGCCGGGAAGGAUCGCGGACCGGAGCAACAGGUACGAUCGUCGGCGAGUGCGAAGUGAAUUCGGUAGCGCGCGAUUGUCGAGUGAAGACCCUCUCCCCCCCUCAUCGCGCGCAUGGACUCGUCCGGUGCUUUUCCCUAACCUUGCGAGAAGCCGCGGGCGCGCGGAAAGUUUCGUCGUUUCGCACCAAGGUUCGCCGGACAUAGCGUUUGCGACUUUGAUUUUCGCUUUGGUUUCGUCUAGCUUCGUCCAGCGUUGCCCCCCCCCCCCCCUUUCCUCCCCACGUAUAUAAAUGACGGGCGAGAGGCGAGCGGCAAGGGACGGCACUCGUCGCCGAACCGAGCUGAAGGUUGGUCGAGGUCGUGUCGCGUGCCAAGUCUCGACGUUUUACGCGAUCGUAUUUCUCUCCCGCCUUCGAAUCCGCCACCGGCCCUCUCGACGUAAUUAAACGCGCGUCCCCGCGUCUCGGGGACUCUCGAGUGUGCCGUGAAUACGCAGUGGUAAUGCGUCGUGCGUAACAAGUGCCGUGUUUCCACGAGUGGCGCCAAGGGACAGCCGUGACGGGACGAGACAGAGAGAGGAUGGCAGAAGCCCCCGGGAGGCAUCGGCCACGACCACGACGUGGGGUGAGUAAUUUAUUGUGUAUUUACCGUUUCUUGUUGGUUCCUGUUCCGUUUCGCAACGUCAUGUAACGUAAUCCGCGCGCAAAACAUUUGAGGUUAGAGCGCCUCGAGACGCUCGGGAUGUUUUAACACUGGCUACGUUUAUUCUGCAUAAUAGGUUCUCAUCGUCCUCCCCUCCCCUCGCGGUCUAUGCCUCGAAUUAUUUAGGCAUCUGCUGUAAACGCUUGGCAGAUGACUUAUGGCUUCACUUAGGAUGAAAAUGUGAUGUAUCCUCAGCUUAUCCUAUUCGACCGUGAUGGAUGAAACUGAUUGGAUUCGCCGUUUCGGGAAAUAUGACGAGGACAAAGAAUCGCGCGACAUCAUUAUAAGGAAAGGAAAAUACCUAGGAUGGUGACGUAUAUAUGCGAAGAAAACCGCAACGUUGGCCGACCACCUGCUCCAAUUACGCUCAUUAAAUCCAAUCUUGAUCAUCAAUGGGCUCAAGCGCUGGGACAAGCACGUCUCGUUAGUCGGUUCCAAGUGCGGCCAUCGUAUCGACGACGCAGGCGGCGACUUCGAGAUUCCAGAAGGGAAACGCCUAUGUGUACCACUGAAGAGGCGACACAAGGAGCUGAUCUGUGGAUAAGGGAAGAACAGAGACGCGGAAUUUCCAGCGCGGUAAAAUCUGCACGCGCCCCACGUCGAUUGGAAAACGUCAGGAAUCGCCGAGCGAUGUUUUAUCUGGACGGAAGAGACGACGACGCCACCGCCGCCGCGCAUAGCUCGUCGUCACCCAACGAUGAGAUCUUCGGCUGGCGGUUGAAUGAUCGGAAGAUCGCGGUAUCGCCUGAGUUACAUCGCGUCAGGAAUCAUCGAUCACCCGAAUCAUCGUUCUAUAACGACUCGGACGAUUCGGGUAGCUGCAGCUUCGCGCGGGAUGUGUCGCGGCAGGAGCACGAGAGCGAAAUCCGCGAGAAUAUCGAGCUGCGCUCGUUCACGCGGGACGAUCUCGAUAUCGAGCUGAUCGAAAGGGAUGCCAGAGUAAUGAGCAGCAGCUCGCCCACGACUGUAACCGGCGGCGAGCGCGACAUCAAGGAGGAACAUUGUCCAAUCAGUCCCGUCUGCUACACCCCGGAGAGACUGAUCAGAUCUCAAGAAUACCGGAUACUCAUACCGUCCUCUCGCCGCUUCGCCUACUCCCGAGAGGUGAGAUUCACGCCGGAGAGCGAGAGCAGAGAGUCCUACCGUUGCCAAAAGCGGUUAAGCCGUCUCAUCGAUUCCGGACAAAUCGGUGCGACGCAGCUGAGGACACUUCUGAACAUACCGAGCACGGACGCGAGGAGGACGUACAUGAUACCCGAGCACCGACAAUGUAUCGCCGAUGAUUCUGACACGUCGGCGAGAUCGAACGAUGAUCCUAUGACCGACGAUGACUGCGGCGUGCAAAGUACAAAAACGGCCGAUAGCAGCGGAUCAAGCUACUACAGACUGAACCCCACUAUCUGGGAGGAAGAUUGCAAGGGUCCAAGCACCAGGCCGUCCUCCCUGGAGGACACUUCCGGUAUACAGAGUUACGAUUGUAGCUUGGAGACUCAGAGCGACGCGGAAAACACGCCGAUGUGCCUCUGUGAUGAGCUGGCGAUUGCGUCGAAUGUUCGCACCGUGCAUUUUGCUAACGACCGAGGUGUCGCCAUCAACGAGGUAGCGUCUAUUCUCCAAGGUCUUCCGAGCGACUUGGAAAAGGCGACGGUCCUUCUGGAAGAGGAUCGAUUCGGCGACAGCACGUCCUCUCAUGACCAAUUAACUAGACUAGCACUGACCAUCGAGACGGACGUGGAAGCACCGGCGGUUCCCGACGAUCCGAAUAAUUGGAUACGUCGUCUCCGCGAUAGAAUAGAACGGCUGCAACUCGCCAAUAAAGAGAUCCACGGGGACAUACGCGGUUUACGUACAAACUUUCAGUGCGAUGAAAAGAAAACGAUCAAUUUGUCGAGUGAUACAAUGAGAUUGUUUGAAGACGUUCACGAUUUGAGAUAUUUCGAUGACCUAGUGAAACUCCUAGAAGGAGAACUCGAAAGAAUCUCCCAAAGAAAUUGGCCAUUUAUUCUAGGGCACCGUAAUCCUCAUGGAGAGAUGAAUCUAAUCAUUUGAUUAUAAUCUCAAAGAUUAUCGGGAAUCUCGAUUAUGAUCUCAAAAAUAGUUGCGAGUGGUCGAUGCGCAGGAUAAAAGGAUAUUUUUCAAGAAGAAAAUGUAAAUGACGACUUCACAUUCCUAAGUUUAAUUUUACAUAAAAGUAACCUUUUUUCUCGGCUCGGUGACUUAAAUAUUUUCAUGAGACUAUUCGGAAUAAUUAAAAUGAUACGCGAGUAAUUUCCAAGAAUAACUAUUAUUAGUACAAAAGACCGAACUGUAAAUUUCUCUAUGUUCUAUAGAGAACGAAAUGAAUUCGUUCUUCGACAGGGAAGCCAACUGUAUAUUUUAUCGAAAUAAAUCUCGUAUAAAUAAUUAUCAA